AUGAAGAGUGGCAUACAUGCUCAGUGGAAACUCAUCAAAAACGCAUUGGAAAUUCCUUGGAAGACUCUUCAGGAAAUUGCUGGACUCUGUUUGGAAUUGGAAUCUCUUUGGAGUCCGAUUGUACAGUCAUUACUUCAAGACAGCCCCAGCAAAGCAAGUGAAGUCAGCAACACCCCAACGCUUAGGAAGAAAAGGAGAAAAAAUUAUACCGAGCCACCCACGCCACCAGAUGCCGAUGUCAUCCCCACCCCACCACCAGUGAAGCAUGAUGUUGAUACCCAAACAGACUGGGAUAUGGCAUUCAUGCAGAGGAUAGAUGGCAUGUUGUAUGGCUCAGUGGAGGUCAUACAGCAUGAUCAUUCCUAUAGUAAGGCUAAUCAACCGGAUCAAGAUUCCACUUUCCGACCAAGAUCAAGCAGUGAAGGUACAAGAGAAGCAGACUUGCAACCUCCUCAGCCUAGUCCUGAUAUUAGCUCAGCAGGUGUGCUACAAUCAUGCCAGCUUCUGCCUGGAGCAGGAAGUAAUUUACAUGUAGACGAUGCACUAGCUGCUACCUCAGAGUCUGAUGUUACCAGUGACGACUCUGACUUCGAGCUUCCUACCACAGCGAGGAAGGUGGAUGAUUCUGCAAAACACUUUGAUAUAUUAAACGAGGACCAAUUUUCCAAUAGUGCUGGUGAUUACAUUGAGCAGGAGAAAUUCAUUGUGUACGAGGGUAAACUAUUAGAAAUAUUCCUAUCAUAUGGCACUUGUCCGGACUGUGGCCAGAAGUUUGGAACUAUUUGUACGAAUCGAAUUCAGCGUGGCUCUUUAGUCACAUUUCGUUUGGUUUGCAAAAACCACCAUGUCUUCUACUGGCAUUCCCAGCCAGUUUGCAACAAGGCUCCAGUUGGGAACAUUUCAUUGGCUGCCUCAAUUCUCUUCACUGGAAAUACUUUCACCUCUGUAAUGAAAUUUGCCAAACUAAUGAACAUCCGCUUUAUUACAAAAUCAACGUUUCAUGGCAAACAUAAUUUGUACCUCUUUCCUGUGGUAGAUGAAGCUUGGAGAGAGCACAGGUCCAAGCUUGUUCAGGCCCUGCAGGACAGGUUAAUUACUGUCAUUGGCGAUGGACGGUGUGACUCACCUGGACACAGUGUCAAGUAUGGUACAUAUACCGUUAUGGGGGCCGCCAAUGAGAAGGUGAUUGAUUUCAGUUUAAAACAGGUUAGACCUGAUUUGAAGAGCUGCAACAUGGAGAAAGAGCGCCUCAUCGACUGCCUUGACAGCUUAAAACAUUCUAAAAUUACAGUUGGAGUUUUGGCUACUGACCGCCACCCCCAGAUUUCAAAGAUGAUGCGAACAAAUUACAAAGAAAUUAACCACCAGUAUGACGUCUGGCACUUUGCCAAAAGCAUUUAA